CCCCCCCCGCACACCUCAUUUCUCAGAUAUACCCGAGAUCGCCCUGCCGCCCCUCAGUUCUGCCCUCCUCAAUCAUGGUCAAACCCGCUGCCUCCCGUGGCCUCUUCGUUGUUUUCGAGGGAACUGAUCGCGCUGGCAAGUCCUCGCAGAUUCGCCUGCUACAUGACCACCUUGCCAGCCUGUCUCUUGAUGUGGAAGUGCUUGCUUUCCCCGGUGCGCUGGCGGGGACACAGUGGUUUCCCUCGGACGCGGGCCCUCCUUCCUUCAAGCCACUACGGCCUGCCUGUCUGCUUUCUGUCCCUGGCUGACUUCCAAUGCCCCGUGUCCCGGACCCCGUCGGCAGAUCGCUCGACUCCCACUGGCAAGGUGAUCGACGAGUAUCUCCGAGGCAGCGAGCAGCGCGACAUCCGGCACCUGCAUCGGCUGUUCUCCGAGAACCGCCAGGAGAAGGCCGAGUACAUCCGGGCCCAGCUGGCGGCCGGCGUGCACAUCGUGUGUGACCGGUAUGCCUUCUCCGGCGUGGCCUACACCACGGCCGUUGAUAAGAGCUCCUCCUCGCCCGCGGACACCCUUCAAUGGUGCAUUGACCAUUAUGAUGGCGGCCUGCCCCGGCCGGAUCUUGUCAUCUACCUGGACACCGCGCGCGUUUCCGAUGAGAUGCUUCAGCUCCGUGGCGGCUUCGGUGAUGAGCGCUACGAGCGCGUCGACAUCAUGCGCGCUGUGCAGGCCGGCUUUGAUCGGCUGAGCUCCGCCAUCGGGGUUCGGCAGCUGGAGGUCGGCUCUGCGACCACCCCUCUGCCGGCUGUGGAGGAGCCCGCUCCGGACGCCGGUUGCCAGGGGCUUCCCUGGUAUUGCAUCGACGCCUUCGCCGGGGACCAGGUCAAGGUGGCAGCACUCGUUCGGGGCUGCAUCGACCCAUGGAUCGCGAGGACGCAGAGCGCCCCCGGCUUGGCCCAGCUCGGCACCCUCUGGUAAAAGAUGGUGCCUGUCCUCUGACCAUAAAAUACACCUUUCCAGCGGCCCUCCUGGGCCACUCCCUCCUCCGGUCAGCCA